AUGGCCCGCCAACACGCUUGGGACUAUGCCUUUGGGGAUGCAAUCGAGUCCAUCGCUCAAGUCUGGGAAGCCAGGAAAACAUCUGAUGUCGCAUCCAUGUUCAUAAACCAAGAUUCAACCACCCACCAAUUUCUCCUCUUGAUAAAGGCCAUCACACUCUUCAACGCAGUUCAACACGAAGAAGCAAUCCUGCUUAUCAAAGAGCUGCUUACCGCUUUUUUGAAUGUUGAUCCUCUCGUGCGUCGUGCCGUGGAAACAUAUCUACAUUUUCAGCUCGGAAUUAAAGAUUUUGAUUCUACGCGUCACGAUGCAGCCGCUGAUCACUUCGCUACGGUUCCUGCAGCUCUUUUUCCUGUCGACCCAGGCUACAUCCAUGUCCUGCUCUCUAAGAUCCUUUCUGGGUCUCCAACACAUGACAGUACCACCACGCCCGCGGUCUUCCACACCUCCACCACCAUCAUAAACGCCCUCGUUUGGCUCCGACGCGAUCUUGUCAUUCACCCUGCGGCCCCAGCCAGCCACGAAGCAGAGCCAGAUGAUCAUCGCCGACACCCUGCAUCGCAAAUAGCACCCUCUGAGCCACUAGAGCGUCCCCCACAUGCCCAUCCACUGGGGAGGCCCUCAGGGUCAAUCGUACGACCUGUCGUCAUCGUGAUAGAUGCGCUGGACGAGAGGGGCAAAGCUGAGACACGCCUUCGCGUUCUCCGCAUUCUUGCGGGCAAACUAGGCGUUCAACAAAUCACCAAACUCCCAGCUAACUUCCUAAUCAUCGUAACUUCUCGCCCGCUUCAUGACAUUGAAGCUGAGCUCUGA